AUGUCAAAACGAAACCUUCUCCUAUGCUUCGAUGCAUUCGGAACUCUAAUAAGACCUGUUCGACCAGUUGCGCAGCAAUACGCUGACGUCGCUCGCCAAUGCGGAUUCACCAACUUCAACGACGAUGAGCUACACGCCGCCUUCAAGUCGUCCUUUAAACAAGAGUCCAAGACGAAUCCGAAUUUUGGAAAAAAGACGGGGUUAGGAGCGACGAAUUGGUGGACUAACGUUAUUCAUAAUACCUUCACAUCUUUGGCAAAAGAUGACAGACCUCUACCAAAAGAUCUAGCCCCGAGGCUACUGCAUCGAUUCUCCUCCAAGGAAGGCUAUGACACUGAACCAAGUCUCGUUGAGGCAUUCAAGAAGUUGAGGCGAAACCCGCCUCAAGAAUUUGACAGUCUUGUCAUUGGCGUUAUUACAAAUUCAGAUGAUCGAAUUCCCAGCAUUCUUUCAUCCUUAGGUCUUGCCGUGAGUCCAUUCAGAUACGGAACAAAAUCAGAUCUCGCCAAAAUCAGCGACAAGACCUACGAUAUUGACUUCCACUGCAUGUCUUACGACGUGGGCGUUGAGAAACCAGACAAGCGCAUCUUCAGCGCCGCAGAACACAUGCUGGCCCAGGUCAUCAGUGCCCGUAGUGGAAAGACCUUAAGUGAAGCCGAAAGAGAGACUAGCAUAUGGAAGAAGGUGUAUGUUGGUGAUGAUUAUUCGAACGAUGUACUUGGGUCAGCCAAUGCGGGUUGGAACCCUGUAUUACUCGACCCAAAAGACGAGUGCGAAAACAUCGCCGAUUUGAAGCAUUGGCGGUCGUCGUCAAAUGAGGGGCCGGAGGCAAAAGUUUGCAAGAUUGAGGACCAUCCAGAUGCGACAUUAGACGGCGUGUUUCAAGAACACGACGUUGCGAGUGUUCAUUCUAUUCGAAAUCUUCUGUCCUGGCUGUCAAGAUAA